AUGGCAGUUGCAAAGAGGCUCGUCGAUGCGCGCGGCCAGCCGCAGGCCGCGAGGCAGGAUCACGUGCGCGACUGGCAGUGGUCGUUCCCCAGCACGGCCAAUGCCCUGCAGCAGGCCCCAGCCACACUCGUCCCACCAGCCACGCCAGACACGCGCGCCACGCCACAAGGGCACCGACACGGCCUGCGGUCGCGCAAAGCAUCUCGAGCCUCGCCGACCGCAGCACCACACCAAGCCGCAGCACCACCACCGACCACGCCCUCGCGACGCACCGCCAACUCCCACGGCUCCGCGAAAAGGAACCCGCCCAGCCUCGAGGCGCCUCGGAGGACGCCCCGCGCACCGCCCCACGCGCACAGAAACCGCAACAGCAACGCCCCGAACCCGAACAACGGGGUCGCGCCGACUCUGCUCCUGCAGCGGCUCCUCCAGCUCCAGGGCGACGUCGACCAUCGGCGACCAGUGGCAGUAGACGGACCUCGACAGGGAGGACCCGCGCAGGCGCAACCAUCACCGGCCAAGGCGACGCGCAGCAGCGGUUCGCUGCCCGGCACAACCAUGGCGACCUCGGCGGCCAAAUGGCGCGAGGAGCAGAUCCUCAUCGUGUGCCCCGGCAGUCGCACCACCAUGGCGCAGCUGGGCUGCAGCGAGCUGACGCCGCCGACCCAUCGCUUCCCGACGCGCAUGUUCCCCGACGGCGACGAGUGGCGGCCGUAUCACACGUACAAGCGCACGAGGGUCGCCGGCGGCGUCGAGACGGAGGAGUGGGUGGAGGACGUCGACUCGGACGAGGGCGCCGUCUUUCCCAUUGAAGGCGGCCGCAUCGUCAACAUGGACGCCUUCCUCGCCUUCCUCGACCACGUCCACGGCAUGCUCACCACGACCUACCACAACACCCCAAUCAUGCUCAUGGCCUCGCCGCAGUGGACACGCCCCGACUGCGAGGCCAUUGCCCAGUACAUCUUCGAGAAGACGCGUACGCCCGCGCUCUGCAUGAUCCACAGCGGCCUGGCCACCCAGUACGGCCUCAAGUGGCCCAACAUGACUGUCAUCGAUAUUGGCUACGAAAAGGUCGACGUCACCGCCAUCCACGACGGCCGCGUCGUCAACCACAUGGACCUCGGCUCGCCCAACGGGGACCGCCUCAUCAGCGGAGGUGAGGUCUUUACGCAGCGCCUGAUGAAGAUGUUGCAAGGCAAGGGGUUCAGCAGGGACAUGGCGGAGCAGCUCAAGAAGAGCACGAUAUGCGAGGUGCUUCCGUACGCGCCCACGGAGAAGGCCCUGGUUGAGCUGCCUGUAGAGGUCACCGCAGGCGCGCCGCCCAGCUCCGCGCCCGUCGCCGCCGCCGCCGCUCCUGUGCCCGCGCCGAGCGAGGCGCCCAAGCCAGCAGCUGAGUUUGCCGGCGACGAGGACGAGGCCACCGACAAGAAUGGCGAUGACGACGGCGUGCUCGACGUUGCGGCCAUUGUUACGAGCGGCCAGACCAAGGAGUUCCUCGCCAAGAAGGAAAAGGAAAAGGGCAAGCCCGGCAGGAAACCCAAGGGCGGAGAGGGCGAUGCCGCACCCGCGAAGCCCACGCGGCUGCCCAACGCGAAGAGGACGCACAACACGUUCUUCUACGAAGAAGUCGUGCAAGAAGAGAUUCCGAAGGAGCAGCCGAAGCCGGCUGCGCCGGUGGAGACGAACGGAAACGGCGCGACGGCGGCAGUACCGCCGACCGCCGAGGCAGCUGUUGAGGGUUCGGCAGAGAAGCCGGCGGGAGAGCAGCCAGUCCCGGCUUCUGCACCGGUGGCCACUGCAACUGACGGGAGUAGCGCCGCCGUGCCGCAGACGGAAGACACGCCGAUGGCUAAUGGGGACGACUCAGCGGCACCGAAGCCCGAGGGCCAGGAGGACAAGCCCGUCGAGUCGAACGGCGCCAGCGCGUCGGCGGCGGCCCCUUCAGAGCCGCAGCAACAAGAAGGACAGCCCAAGGCCGAGCCGGCGGAGCCCGCGCCCGCGACGGUUGCCGCGCCCGCUGCUGCCCCAGUGCCCGACACGUCCAACGACACGCCCGAGUUCCGGCCGAAGCGCAUCCGGCGCGACAUCGAGAUCGGGCUGGAGCGGUUCACGUUUGCGGAGCGGGCCGAGAUCGACCGCAUCGUGUCGACCAUCUACCGCACGAUCCAGGGCAUCGACGACAUGUACAUGCGGCCGGCGUGCUGGGACAACCUCGUCUUCGUGGGCAACGGCGCGCGCCUGCGCGGGCUGCGCGACAACAUCCUGCAGACGCUCAACGCGCGGCACCUCGUGUCGCCCUCGACGGCCACCAUGUUCACCUCGGAGCUGCCCUCCAACGUGGCCACGCCCACCGGCACCGGCAGCCAGACGCCCACGGGCUCCUUCACCGGCGUCCCGCACCAGCUGCCCUCGAGCGGCGUCAACCCGCUCCUGCAGGCGGCCACCACGGCGAGCAGCCUCGGCGCGGCGGCGGCUGCCAACUCUGCCGCCGCUGCUGCCGCUGGCGGUGGUGGUAACUCGGUCGCGACCCCCGCCGCGGGCUCCGACGCCGCGGGCCCGUCCGCCGCCGGGAGCGGCACGCACUACCACUUCCACAGCCAGACGCCCACGAGCAUCAAGACGGCCGCCCUGCCGACGUACCUCAGCGAGUGGACCAAGAACGGCUUCGAGGAGGCCAUGUUCCUCGGCGCGCAGGUCGCCGCCCGCAUCGCCUUUUGCCUGCACUCUAACAUGGACGCGCAGAGCAUCGAGGCGCAGCGCCUCAUGAGCCUGAGCCGCGUCGACUACAAUGAACUCGGCCCCAAGGCCAUCCGUACGCACUCCAUGCUCAGCUAA